CAGACCCACUUUUUGGCAAUUUGCAUCGCCGCAUAUCGUGCAGAGAUCCACUUUUCAAGGCCAAAACAAAAAUACAGGACUGGUGUCUCCUUCUUCACAUGUCAAGGUCACUGCCGGUCGUACUUGCCGUUGUCGGGUUCCCCAUCUCAAGGGGGUUCUGAGGCUGUCCCGCUGUGUCACCAUGGAAGGACACAUUUUUCGAGCAUUUUGUUUGACCCUGCUCGUGGGCAGUGUCUUGCAGUGUUUUGCUUCUGAAUCAAGUGAAUCGACGAACACAGGACCCGAUUUCAUUGCGGUUAUCCCGAAAGAUGGACUGGAAGAAGAAAACGUGGAACGUGUCUUUUCCCUCGGACCCUCCGACACGCUCCAGGUCAUCGACGAAACCGCCAACGCUGUCUAUCUGCCCAGUGCGAGUGAGAGCACUGGCGAGAUUUUGUCGGGCGACUACACUGUCGCGUAUCGAUUUGCAAAUGGAUCUUGUGACUUCAGUCAGACCAUUGUUUUCAGGGAUGCAUUUCUGGGUUACCCAACACCGCUGUGGGUUCGGGAAGAGUCAAAACCGGCGAAGAGUGGCAAUGUAUCCCCAGGCGGAGCUGUGAAGUACACAUUCACGCAUCCGCCUGCAGAGUAUUUGGGUGGGGGUUUGAGUUUCUGUGUGCAAUUCAAGACAUUGCUUGCAACAGGAUCGGGUUCACAGUCCACCGUCUCCACAACGCCACCGCCUGCGACAUCUGACGCUGCAACACCAGACAUACCUCCGAAGCCGGAAGAACAGAAUAACCAGGAGCAAACCGAGGAAUCAGAUCAACAGGAUUCUCCAGUUGGAGGUGAGUCGGGGACCGACAAUUCAGUUCAACAGGAGGUGGAGGAAGGAGGAAAGAAUGACAAUGGCGAAUCCGGGGGGUCUCAUGACAGUGCCUCAGGUUCUGACAGUCAGUCAAACACCCAGAUACAACAACAACAACAAGCAGGCCAGGGCACUCAGAACCAAAAUCAGGAGAGUGCAGGAGGUCAAUCUACGACUACAGAACAACCAGGAGCCGCCCAAUAUCUCCAUCAUGACCAGGAAUUCGUGAAUGGCGAAACUGGAGACUACACAAGCAUUCAGUUGAGACGCCUCAGUGGAACGCCAGACAAAGAGGCAUACCUGACGAUUGUCGUGCACUCCGCGGCGUGGGGCUCGGCAAGUGGAAUGACUGCAUUAUCUGUUUCUCUUCUUGCGGUGGCUGCUGCGUCUCUGCUGAUCUAUUAA